UGUCCUACAGAGGAGUGUAUUCACUGCAGUGGUGAGAACUACAGAGGAAAAAUCUCCACCACUGAAAACGGCUUCACUUGCCAGCGCUGGGACUCCCAGGCACCUCACAACCACGGAUACUUCCCCAGCGCCCUCCCAGAAAAGUAUCUUGAAGAGAAUUACUGCAGAAACCCUGAUGGAGACCCCCAACCCUGGUGCUUCACCACCAGUCCAUCCAAGAAGUGGGACUUCUGCUCCAUCCCCCGCUGCACCUCUGAGCCUCCCACCAUUGUGCCGGAGCUGACCUGUGCCACAGGUGAGGGCGGAGCCUACCGAGGCACCGUAGCUGUGACCGUGUCCGGCAAAACCUGCCAGAGCUGGUCGGCCCAGACGCCACACAAACACAACCGCAGCCCAGAGAACUACCCCUGCAAAGGCCUGGAUAACAACUACUGUCGUAACCCUGACAACGAGAGGAUGCCCUGGUGUUACACCACCGACCCCGAGACUCGCUGGCAAUACUGCAAGGUGCCGAGCUGUGGAGACGCACCCGGACCAGACGAGCCCAUGAUCCCCCCUGAGGAGGGGGAGGACUGUUACGUGGGGGAUGGGUCGAGUUACCGUGGCGUCACAUCAGAGACCAUCAGUGGAAAGAAAUGUCAAAGCUGGCACUCCAUGAGUCCUCACAGCCACACAAAGACUCCACAGACGUACCCCACAGCGGACCUCACGAGGAAUCUUUGCAGGAACCCAGACGGAGACCGAGCUCCCUGGUGUUACACAACAGACCCUAGUGUCCGUUGGGAAUAUUGCAACUUGGAAAAAUGUCCCAUCAUUUCUUCAGGAACGCCACCACCCAAACCCGCUGUACCCCAAACCCCUUUCACCGUCACCCAGGCCCCAACGGUGAAAGACUGUAAGAUUGGAAAUGGAGGAACAUACCGAGGUUCCACCUCCGUCACUCUCCUGGGUGUGACCUGCCAGGCCUGGAGCGCUCAGAGUCCUCACCAACACAACAGCUUCACCCCACAGACCCACCCCACCAAGGGCCUGGAGGGAAAUAGCUGCAGAAACCCAGAUAACGACGUGAACGGGCCGUGGUGCUACACUACCGACAUCAACAAGAAAUGGGACUACUGUGAGAUCCCUGACUGUGCUGGACUGAACUGCGGUUCACCAUUGACCAAACCCAGGCGUUGUUUCGGUCGUAUUGUCGGAGGCUGCGUAUCUAAAGCUCACUCGUGGCCGUGGCAAAUCAGCCUCAGGACCAGCAUUUCACGAGAUCAUUUCUGUGGCGGAACUCUGAUCGACCGUCAGUGGGUCCUCACCGCUGCACACUGUCUGGAGAGGUCCAAGCGGCCUGAAGCGUACCUGAUUAUCCUGGGAAUCCACACCGAGCGAGCCAACGAGCCGUCCAAACAGGAGAGGAGGUUGCAGAAACUGGUGCUGGGACCCAACGGAGCCGACAUCGCUCUGCUCAAACUGGAGAGUCCGGCUCUAAUAAACGACAAAGUCCAGCCGGCGUGUCUCCCAGAGAAGGAUUUCAUCGUCCCCAGUGGAACCGAGUGUUACGUCACUGGAUGGGGUGAAACUCAAGGUACGGGGGGUGAGGGCAUCCUGAAGGAAACUGGUUUCCCAGUGAUCGAGAACAAGAUCUGUAACCGUCCGUCGUAUCUGAACGGACGAGUCAAAGACCACGAGAUGUGCGCUGGAAACAUCGAGGGAGGAGCCGACAGCUGCCAGGGCGACAGCGGCGGCCCUCUGGUGUGUAACUACCAGAACAGGUACAUCCUGCAGGGCGUCACCUCCUGGGGUCUGGGAUGCGCCAACGCCAUGAAACCCGGCGUCUACGCUCGAGUUUCCAAGUUCGUGGACUGGAUCGAGAGAACCAUCGCAGCCAAUUAAAUAUAAAAACCAAACUCUCCUCCCAAACAGCUUCAAACACGUCACAGACAGAGGUCGAUUUUAGAUUUUUGAAGAUGUGUUUGUUCUGUUCUGCUGCGAUGUGACAUUUGUUGUUUGGUAUUUUCUGAUGUUAACAAAGUGUCACUGGAGCUAAAGUCAAAUUAAACCAAUCAGCAAAGUCCUGGUUUUAAAAUGUAAACAUGUGUUUUCUGUCAGAGCUGAAAAAUAAAACUUGAUACAAAGGAAA